AUGACUCGCCUUAGCACGCUCCUCGUGAGCUGCCUCACCUUCAUGGGCCUGGCUCUCGCCAAUCCCGCCGUCGUCGACCUCGACACCAAAAAUUUCGACAGCAUCGUCCUACAAUCCGGCAAACCUGCGCUCGUCGAAUUCUUCGCCCCCUGGUGCGGCCACUGCAAGACCCUCGCCCCCGUCUAUGAAGAGCUCGGCCAGUCCUUCGCUUUCGCCUCCGACAAGGUCACUGUUGGUAAAGUCGAUGCGGACGAGCACCGCGAAUUGGGCCGUCGGUUCGGUAUCCAGGGUUUCCCCACGCUGAAGUGGUUCGAUGGAAAGAGUGAUAAGCCCGAGGAUUAUAAGGGUGGUCGGGAUCUGGAGAGUUUGGGUGCUUGGAUCACGGAUAAGACUGGGGUGAAGCCGCGGGGGCCGAAGAAGGAGCCCUCGCAGGUCGAGAUGCUGACUGAUGCGUCGUUUAAGGAGUUUAUUGGUGGUGAGAAGGAUGUGCUUGUUGCGUUUACUGCGCCGUGGUGUGGACACUGCAAGAGCCUCGCCCCCACCUGGGAAACCCUCGCCAACGACUUCAUCCUCGAGCCCAACGUCGUCGUCGCCAAGGUUGACGCCGAAGCCGAGAACGCCAAGUCCCUCGCCAGAGAACAAGGCAUCACCGGCUACCCCACCAUCAAGUUCUUCCCCAAGGGCUCCAAGGAGCCCGAGGCGUACCAGGGCGGUCGCUCCGAGCAAGCCCUCGUUGACUUCCUGAACGAAAAGGCCGGUACCCACCGCACCGUCGGCGGUGGUCUUGACGAGAAGGCUGGUACUAUUUCCAAGGUUGACGCAUUUGUUGGCAAGUAUGUUGCCUCGCGCAACUUCCAGGACCUUGUUGGGGAGGUUAAGAAGAGCGUGAAGGGUAUCCAGGACAAGUACGCGGAGUACUAUGUUAAGGUUGCUGAGAAGCUUAGCCAGAACCAGGGGUAUGCUGAGAAGGAGUUUGCUCGUCUGAGCAAGAUUAUUCAGAAGGGUGGCUCUGCGCCUGAGAAGGUUGAUGAGCUUGUCUCGCGCAGUAACAUUCUGCGCCAGUUCUUGGGUGGUGGUAAGCGGGAUGAGAAGGAUGAGCUGUAA